AUUAUAAUAUUAUUGAUGAAAUAUUUUUAUUUGCAGGGAGGUGAUAUUCUUCUAGAAACAAUUUCGUCUAAUGUUACCGAAGAUCUGAUUACUCUUGAAUUUCAACGUUCCGAUGGCACGUUGGUCACGCAACUCAUUGAUUUUAAAAAUGAAGUUCAAGUUAUAAAAGCUCUGGUGCUUGGUGAGGAGGAACGUGGACAAAAUCAAUAUCAAGUCAUGUGUUUCGUGAAUCAUUUUUACAAAGUAGAUUUUAUAUCAUCCGAUGCAAUGUCUAAACUGCGCCAGAAGAAUCCGGGUACUGUACGUGUAGCAGAAGAGGAUCGAGGCCAUGUCAAUUAUACAAUGGACUUGUUCCUGGAUGUGUCUCAGUCAAAGGAGAUCUCGAAGCAUGUUACCAUGCUGUGUGCAGAAGCAGCUGGAUCAACUUACACUAGAAAUGAUGAUAUAAAACAGUGGAUUCAAAGACCAGGUUCCUCGGAAGAGUUACUCAUGGCAGCUGUAUAUAACUUCACAAAUGUGCCACAAUCGAGCGCGAAUGACACAAGAUCAUUGUUGGUUUCCAAAUGUGCUGAUACAUCAAAUCUGUGGGCACCUUGCACAUGCUCAUUGGAAUUAUGUAUCGGCUGGUAUCCGUGUGGUCUGAAAUUCUGUAAAGGAAAAUCGGAUGGCAAAAAGAUAGCGAGCACCUAUCGAUGCGGUAUAAAAACUUGUAAGAAAUGUUUUAUAUUCUCGUAUUAUUCUAAAAUGAAACAGAACUGUCUAUGGGAUGAAUGACAUAUAAGGACACUAUAGAUUGAAAAUUUGAAUAUAAAUUAAAACUAUAUACACGUUGCAAUACAAUAAAAAA